AUGGUGGAGAGACCCAAUAUCUCUUACGGGUAUGGGAGAAUGAUGGAAAGUCUUUUGGCAUCCAACAAUCUUGAUGCUCAUUAUGUUAAAGGUAUGUGUGAGUACUUCGAUCUUGGUAAUCCUGUUUUGGGACUCUACCACCUUCGUAUUGCUUCUAAGGGGGCCCACAAAGAGGCCAAGUACCUUUACGGUGUUCUUCUCAUGGCCACGGGUAUGAUCAGUAAGGGGAAGAAGAUACUUUCCAAGUUGACUGAAGAUAUUGGUCUUGAGUCCGUUGAGACAAGCUGGGACAACGUCCAGGCAUCUCUGAGUCAUCUUACCGUGGAAAUGAAGGAAGUGUACGUGGACUCACUCAUAAGCAUGGAACCAGAACUCAACUGCCAUCCACCGGGUGUCAACACGGUCUGCUACAAAUGUUACCACGCAUAUCUCAUGACAGAGUUUUUUGAGAUGGCCUUAGGGCUCAACCCAGCUCCUGCAGCUGCUUGA